AUGAAGACACCGCGCAUGGAGUCUGGAAGAACACACGCGGUGAAGUCAUGUGGCACGAGAGUCUCAUGCCCUGGCGCCGGUCUCCAGUAUGGCUGCUCAUCCGGGUCUCGCUCCAGCUUCUUCUUGGCCACGAAGCAACGUCAAAAUUCCAGGCUAGGACAAGACCUGGCCAGCGACAUCGUCGAAACCAUGCGGUCGAAGGUCGCUCGACGUAAACACAAACUACUAUCGGCUUUCCAGGGUCAAGUGGAUGAAAACGUAGUUUCAUUCGCAGACAAGGUGAUGACUGACGCCGCUCGAGAGUUGGUUGACCGCCAGUGUCAUCUUAUUGCAAACGAAAGCCCCGACAACAACCUGCGUCGCCUUGAGUCGAUCAAUUGUGUUAGUGACACGGUUCACAGAUUGAAGAAACUUGACGACUUUAUCAACUCCAUAUCAGACCGGACUUUGAGCCAGCGAAGAGCGUCUUUCUAUCCGCCAACUUGUAUGUCAGUUUUCAGCAAAGGUGUAUUGCCCGCUCUCUCUCAAUGGUCGACUUACGACAAUCACGACUAUACAGCCUUCCGUCUUGCAGAGGUCGAAGCAUGGGUUGCGCACCACCUGGAUGGCUGGCUAAGCGAUGCCAUGAUGAGUGAAAAGGCAUGCUUCGAACUCUCUGACCUGAUGACAACCUAUGAGAGAAUUGCUACAUCGAUUUACAGCAAAAACCCUGAAGGAAGGUCAAACAUGGUACUUGUCUUGAUUGAACUCUGGAUUGCGUGCGACAAAAUAGCAACAGUCCAGAUCCCACUGCUGGAGCAGUAUGACCCUUGCGUUCCUGCAGGACGGUUCGAGUCUCUUCUGCUGCCCUUCCGGGAGCAAAUGGCCAGACUAAACAGGGCAGAGGAAUAUUUUCCGUUGUCACAAUCGGUCGCGCAAACGAUGCAGCACGAUAUAACCGCCAUGUCGUACUCAAGCCCGAUUCCGUCGGCUGCUGACAUGUCCAUCCACAAAACCCGCUUCCGCUUCAAAUCCAUCGCAACCGGCUUCUUCGCCUUGGGCAUCCUGACCCGCGCGCCGACGCUGCUCCGGCUCAUGAUCCGGUCCCGGCAGUACCCGGCCAACGCCGACGAAGCCCACGCGCCCGACGUCUACAGCCUGGAAAUCCUCCUGCUCCUCCUCGACUUUAUCGGGCACGGCGGCCACCUCGAGACCAUCAGCAUUCGCAGCACCGCCGCCGCCGCCGGCGCGCAGAACCAGCAGCUCGGCGGCGCCGGGAGCAGCACCGACAUCAUGCUCGCCACCAACGCGGGCGCCUGGCUGAGCAUUUCGUGCCUCAUCGCCUCUUAUCCGCCCUUAUCCUUCGUCCGAUCUUGUUGA